AUGCGUUUCGUGCUUCUAUGGUCGCUGCUUGCGGUGGAUGCUGCGGUCGCCAACGUAUGUAAACCUCGACAGUCAAGUGGUUCAAGCACAUCUACGACCGCUGAGAUUGAGACUACGACGACGGCUACUGUCGAGUUAUCCACCAGCAUCGCGACGUCGACAGUGGAAGAUGUAACGACUACCGAGGUCGCAACGACUGUCGAGAUCAGCACCAAGACAGUUGCUUCAACACUCACAGUCGCCGAAACCACGACCAGCGAUGUCGCUGGACCUCUCGAGACGUUCGUUCUCACCGCCGAAGUCGAAAACACCGUCAGCGAUGAGCUCUCAGGUGCCGACCGCGAUGGCUCUGCAGUAGUAUUGCCAACACCACGCUUCAUCGCCAGCGGUCCAUUGAUCCUCUCCAUCGACUCCACAACGCGUUACCUUCAAACAAGCGGCGGAUUUUACUUCUGCGUUGCAUACGGAGAUGGUACUACACCUAAUGGUGUUAAGCUUUGCAGUGCCGAGUCACUUGAAAACCCUGCAUUUGGUGCUUUAACGUGUGAGCAGACGGAGGAUCGGAAGAUUGCAUGUGAAGCUCAAGCUGGGCAGUGCAUUAGCGAUGGUGAGAAUAACAUAUGUUCUGAGCUCCCGGGGACGUAUGGUCAGUUCUAUUACUAUAGGGGAGCCUUUAAUGGGGUUUAUCUGGGUAUCGGGCCUGCUGUCAAUACCGAUGAGAGCCAGCAUCCUGUUGAACUGAAGGCCAGACGAAGCAGCACAUGA